GUAUAUAUAUAUAUAUAUAUGUGUGUGUGUGUGUGUAUGAGUGUGUUCAUUUUUAUGUAGGUGCUUUCUGGUGCGCAUAUUUGCAUGUUAUAUGUUUUGUAAACGUGUAAAUUGCAGUGUGACAUGUACCGGAAGCGUUCUCUGUUUUCCUGGCGACGCCAUUUCGUGUUUCCAUUCAUUUCCUUCGGCGCUCGUGUUGGUUUACACGGUAAGAGCAGUUCAGGUUUUCAGAUAACCAACUUUAAUUUUUGCACUAAUGGGUUUGGGAAAUCGCUCCUUAGACUAGGCAGGUGUGUACUGCACAUUCGCUGUCGUUUUUAUGUCGUGUCGUGCGUUUGGCGGGUCUGUUUUGAACUGUUUUGGGCUAACGCGGCUCACUGCUGCUCCGACUUAAGCUCCUUCGCAAGCAGCUCAUGAGGCCCGCGGGCCUUCAGAUAACUUAACUAACGUCACACACGUUCACGAGUUUCUGUCCUCACUAAACCAAGCCUAAUGUACUCCGCUGCGCAACAGUCGCACUUUUAAACACGAGAAAAACUCUUGUCUCUAAACGACCUGGCGCUGUACAGAACCGAUGUGGCCCGAAUAGCUAAAAGUUAGUAGCUGAACUUCUUCAACAAAUUAGCAAGCUAGCGGUGCAGAUAUAACAGAUCUCACGGUAAGCUGGUAACGUUAGUUAUAUUUCUAACCACAGAGCUGGGUAGUAGCUAUCUGAGUUACCUGUACUCAAGUAAAACUUUGUACUCUGAGUGUUUUUAAAUAAUCACUUCACUUCACUGAAGUCAUUGACAUUUAGUCACUGGUUCCCAUCUUAGUAUUUAAUUCUUGCGUUGGUGACAACUGUACCACUGCUCUGAAAUUCAGCAGACUUUUAAGUUGCUAAUAGAGCCUAGAUAUGAUAUAAAGUUCCACUGCAGUUCUGUACUUUUUUUAAGUGCCUAAGAACAGUUUUGACCUGUUGUUUUUUGGUUUUGUUGCUUGAGUCUUCACCUCACUACCAAAGCAGUGAUACGUUUACUUGGGUAUGGGUUUAGACUACUCUGUCCACCUGGGAGAUAAAUAUGUAGAUGUUGGAACAAAAUUUUAUAUCUCCAAAAAGGUAACUUUAUAGGGGAAGGGGGAAAGGUUAUGUGUUUUUAAUGGGAGUAAAGAUAUUUUAUUCCAAGUCAUUUUGGACCAAUUCUACUGGUCCAUGCACCACCAAAUGUUCGCACAAUGUAAAGGACAUAAUUUUCAUAUUUUGUACAAAAAUAUGGAAAGACAAGGGUUAGUGCCAACAGCGACAAUGUAUAAACUUGGAAGUUAAUUAAAUAGUAUUAGUGGCAGUAUUUUAAAAUGUUAAUUUAAGGUUUAUCUGAGUUUAUGGACAUGAAUGUGCCAACUCUGUAGACCUUACUACCUUACUAGAUGAUUUAGUGUCAUAGACUAACUGGUAAGAUUUGUUAGAUAGGUAAAUCCAUAUCGCUCAACGAGUCUUCUAUAACGUGAAUUUCGAAACUAUACUCUCUACCCAGGAGCAAAAAAUAUCGGCGGUAAAGAUGGUUAAGAUCUUUGUUGGCAACCUUUCUUCAAGUACGACUAAGGAAGACCUGCACGAUCUUUUCUUGCAAUAUGGCAAAAUCAAGGAGUGUGACGUCCUGCGAAAUUUUGGCUUUGUGCACAUGGAUGAUAAAGAGGCAGCGGCAGAGGCUGUUCGUAAACUCCACCAUCACGUGCUGAAUGGGCAGGCCAUUAAUGUGGAGUUGAGUCGAGGAAAGCCCAAGGGAACUACCAAACUGCAUGUAAGCAACAUCAGCAGUGGCUGCACAAAUCAGGAGCUGCGGGCGAAGUUUGAAGAGUUUGGCCCUGUGGUUGAGUGCGACAUUGUGAAGGAUUAUGCCUUUGUACACAUGGAGCGAAGGGAAGAUGCGAUGGAGGCCAUCAGCGCGCUGGACAACUCUACCUUUCAAGGCAAGGUGAUAAACGUACAACUGUCCACCAGUCGCCUCCGCAAAGUGCCCGGCAUGGGAGACAUAACCGGCUGUUACGUCUGCGGAGAACCGGGUCACUGGUCCAAAGACUGCAGGCGCGGUCAGAACGGUAGCUAUGGGGGUGGCCCAGGAUUCCAUGGUGGCAGGGGUUUCUCUGGAGGAGGCCCUGAUUAUAGCAGGGCAGGCCCAGGAAUGUUUCCUGCUAGGAGCUAUCCAGCAGGAAUACCUUCUGGGCCACCAUUAAGCCACCAGCCCAGCUAUGGGAUUUCACGUGAUUAUGGUGCUGAUGCUCGAGAUCGGUACCUCAGCAAGCCCGUGAGCGCCUACCUGGAGAGGUCACCUGCAUAUGAGCGUGACCGCUGCAGUGCCGUUGAUUACUAUGAGAAGUAUCGUACUCGGCCCUUUGCCUCUAGCUAUUUGGACGAUAGACGGCUCUCCAUUCCCCCUCCUCCCCCUCCCUCUUCUUCCUCUCUCUCAAGGAUGCGGUUGGCUGCCUCCAGCCUUGACCCCUAUGACCGCCGCCCUCUGCCGCCACCCCUGCCAUCCGCAGCCUCAUCGUACUACUCGCGGGACCGUAGCCCGAUCAGAAGAGUCGGCACUGGCUCUGAUGGCUACUCGUAUGAGCGCUCGCGUCUUUCCCCGGUCUCAAGGAGCACCUCAUAUGCCGUGUCGCGGGCCAGAGACCCUUCCACCGAGCGGGCGCGAUAUGCGUACUAAGCCACACACAUGCCAAGGUGCGUUGAAACAGCUGGAUUUUCCUUUGCGAUCAUUCCCUCCACCUUGCUUCAAUCAAAACAAGGAAACAAAAAAGUUUUUGAGAUGCAAGACUGAAUUUGAAAGAUAAAAGACUGAGAAGGCACAUGGCUCCAUUAUCACUUAUUAGCUCUCCGCUUACAUAUGUUUAACUCAGUUGUUAACAUUCUGUCUUCUCCUCAUUACCCAUGUUUAUCAAAAAGUUUCUUACUGAUUAGUUUUUUGGGGGCAUCAAGACAUUGAUUGUGUAACGAUGCGAGAUGUUAAGCAGGUUCAUGUUGAUUUAAACCUUGCAUGUUUGCCUUGUGGGUUGCAGAGUACAUAUUGUCCUGCUUAAGUUUUUGCGUUUCCGUGCAUAUUGAGAAGCACAGCCAUUCAAGUGAGGUUUGCAGUUUACCAUUUGUUUGCUUUAGCCCUCAUGCAAUCUAUCACUCAGUUACUUUUAGUUUUUCUUAUGUCGUUUUUGGGGUCCUAAUGUGCUGUUAAUUUUAUUUGUUUUUUGAAUUAUUUUAGCAAGCAUUACAUGUCUUGUGAGGACAAUCUGCUUCAGUUUCUUGCAGUGGAAAUAUGUAUUAGUGUAAGGCUAUGUCUUUCAAGAGCUUUAUGGAGAAAACAAAACCUAAAAUGAACAUUCCUGUUACUUUUUUUUUUUUUUUUGCCCCCUUCCUUAUCGUACUUUUUCUCUUACUCUUACUUGCACAGUUCAUUGAUUUGCAUUACAUAUCACAGAAUAUGCUCUUCUGACUUUUCUCACCUGCAAACAAGAUGUUUGUUCAUCUAUGGCUAUAACGUGACUAAAGGUACAUAGGACAAAGAUAAUAGAGCUAACCUGUUUUUUCUCUCAGUUUAAGUGAGAUUUUUCAAAGAUUCUGCAGGAUUCUGGAGGCUUUGCACACAUAUUUGAGACUGGUUUAGCACCAGUUAGACCCAAUUUAGGAUAUAAAAGUCAUACAUAUGAAAGAGAUGAUAAUUAUUUUAUCUGUGUGUGCACUGUGAGACUUUGUACACAACCUCUUACCUAUUGGUGGUAUGAGGACAUGGUAAGAAUGCAUCAGUGCUUACUUGUUCUAUAAAACAGUAUUUCACCAAGGGUUUGCCUGACGUCAUGCUAAUGUCUGGGCAACGGAAGUGGAUGUAAAGCUGUACAUAAGCAAUAGAAAUGUGAUGACCAACUAUCACUCAGGGCUCAGUUCACCUUUAAGAUUGCUGGUGUGGUGUAACUUCUUUAUGGGUGCCUUGGUAAGGUCGGUGAAACUGUUUAUAAAUUUGAUUUCCCUCAGAGGUAGUGUUUUAUGAGAUCUUUUGUAAUAAACCAAAAUAUUUUUGGGUGAAAA